AUGCUACGGGUCGUGAGGCUUGCACGAGUGAUCCGCUUGUUGAGACUCGUACGCUUAAAGCGUUUGUUUGAGAAGAUCGAAGAUGCCCUCGAUUCUGAGUACUACAGUGUGCUCUUCAAUAUCUUCAAGAUGAUGCUGCUGCUCUUCACUGUGAACCACGUGAUUGCAUGUGCCUGGUAUGCGUUGGCAGAUCUGCAGCCGGGAGGUGUCAACACGUGGGUUGACACAUUGCGCCUCACAAUGAGCUUAGAGUCGUUCGACUGGGUACAUCUGUACCUGGUGUCCCUGCACUGGAGCCUCACCCAGUUCACCCCAGCAGGCAUGGACGUCACACCGACAAACGAGAUCGAGCGGGGCUUCACGAUCGGUGUUGUGAUUUUUGCUCUGGUCGGCUUUGCUUACGUCGUGGGAAGCAUAACAGCAAGCCUUGGCCAGCUGCGCGCCAUGUCCGAAGAGGCCUCCAAGGACUUCUGGCAGAUGCGGCGCUUCUUGAACCAGAACUCGGUUGACCACAUACUUGCUGCGCGAAUCCAACGAUUCGUCGAGUAUGCUUACACCCGGCAGCAAAAGACCAUGUCCAUCAACCAAGUGAAGGUCCUCUCUCUGCUAUCCAAGCAGCUGAUGGAGGAGCUUCAGUCCACCAUCAACCAGCCACACAUGAAAGUGCACCCUCUCUUCAACUUUCUCAACGAGUUCUCGUUCAUCACUAUGAACCGCCUGGCCAAGGAGUCGGUCUCUCAUAUGGAGAUGGCGCAGGGCGACACUCUUUUCCUGCCGGAGCAGCAUGCAACCUGCAUGUACUUCGUGGCCUUUGGUCGGCUGGAGUACGUCCGGGUUCUUGAGAGUGGCGAGAUCAAGGAGUUUGUGGACAAGGGCGAGGACUGGCUUGCGGAGCCUUCGCUGUGGACAGAAAACUGGUAUCAUGUUGGCGAAGCCAAAGCCUACACCGACUGUGAAGUGCUCCUGAUAGACCCGCAGGCGUUCGAGAACAUUCUGAAUGUUGUGAGACCGGUCGCCAGCAUCGUAGCUCAAUAUUGCAGGCUCUUCAUGGUCUGGCUCGAGAGCUUGGAAGAGCAGGAGGGCAUGCUUACCGACGUCAUCCAAGGUGAUCAAGUCUCUGACACCAUCAGAAGCUUUCUGCCUAUGUGGUGUCUGCGCCGGACAUUCAUGAUUUUCCUUUUGUCAGAGUGUCGUUCUUUUGGACCACUCCACACAGGAGUUGCCGUCAAGGCUGGUUGGGGAUCCGUCCUAUUAUGA